AUAUGCAAAUAUAUUAAUUAUAUCGUAUACAAACAAUUGUGUGUAUAAAUUAUAAAUCAUUAUUUCAAAAAUCAUAAUACAAUUUGUUUCGUCAUUGAGGUAGUAAAUGAGACAAUUGCAAUGGCUUCAUUAUAGUAUUAUACACCUAUACAUAUUAAGUUAUUUAUUGCAUUAAUGGUUAAGCAUUGUGAUAUUUUACAGCAUAAUGCAAUGAACUUUAUAAAGUAAGGUAAACAAUUUUAUUGGGAUAUGAGACGACAUUUUCAUAUAUAAAUUUUCUAAAGUAUUAUACAUACCAAUUCCUGUAUGAUCCAAAAAUUACAAUUAGUUUUAUUUUAAACUUUGUCUUCUUCUAUUGAAUGCUAUAAAGCUGCUAUUGGUGAACGUAAAAUAAGAUAUUCUUUUUUUUUAUUAAAUAUAUGAAAAAGUUCAUUUAAACAACAAUUAAAAAUGGAUGUUAGUACACUAUUUAAAGUAAGCGUGCAAACUGUUAGUCUUCGUAACAAAGCAUUAGGAAUUAAUGAUAAUACACGGAACCUAAAAAGGGCAAAGAAUAAAAGUGCCUUUUUUAUUAAAGCUCAAGGUGUUGUUGCACAAAUUUCCAAAUUACGUGAAUUCCUAUUGGAGAACCGUAAAGCAUACCUAAAUUUUUCAAACUAUUUGUCAAAUGUACCAAGCAUGUCAGAUGGAGAUCGUGAUAAAAUUGAUAUUGGUGCACAAAAAAUAAUGAGUACCUGUUCCCAAUUAAUCAAGGAUUUAAGAAGAGAAAUAGCAGGUUCUGAAGUUUCUCCACAAAACUUAGAACACAGAGAAAUUAUGUUGUUAUUAAUUGAGGAUUACCUAAAGAAUGUUUGUAAGAUCUACUCAGAACAAAAAGCAAUACAAGUAAAGAGAGCGAUAGAAGUAAGAAAAAUUGCCAAACUAGAAUUGGAUACAAAGCCUAUCAAACAGAUACAACCUAAAGUGGAAAAACCUAGCUUAAACACAAAUGAAGCCGAAGAUAAGGAAAGUAAAAUUGAUUCUAAUAAAUCUAGUGCUAUGAAAAUACAAGAAAUGAAUGGUGAUGUAAAUGCACUGAUGUAUGAAGAAAAAAUAUCGCCUGAAGAUAUACAGACCUUAGAGGCAGAAAACAAGCAACUAUAUAAUGAACUUAACACAUUAACGGAAGAAGUGAAACAAAUAGAAAGUAAAGUUGUACAUAUAGCAGAACUUCAAGAAAUAUUCACAGAAAAAGUAUUGGAUCAAGACAAGGACUUAGAUCGUUUAAUGACGAAUGUCGUUGGAUCGACGGAAAACGUAAAAGAUGCUAAUGAGCAAAUUAGGCAAGCGAUUCAAAGGAAUGCUGGGCUUCGAGUGUGGAUUCUUUUCUUUCUUUUAGUUAUGUCAUUCUCUCUGUUAUUUCUCGAUUGGUAUAAUCCUUAAAAUAAAGAAGUGAAUGUGUUAUUUUAUUACAA